CAAUGACUUGUCUGCAAUCACAAGAAUGUCGAAAAAACAACGUUGCUUGAUGAUGGAAUCCCUGCCCCACGAUGUCGUAGAGCGCAUCCUAGAGAGACUGGCUGUGGAUCCUCUGCUGAGAUUCAAGGCUGUAUCGAAACAAUGGAAAUCAACUAUCGAAUCUCCAGUCUUCCAGCGAAGACAGUUCACACAUAGUCAGCAAUCAGGUAAUCCAGAUGUUCUCAUGGUCUCCCUAUGUCGUUAUGAUGUUAUUAAUCCCGAUAUAGAAGCUCUUGCUACAUUGGUGUUGGGUUCAUCAUCAUCUGUCAAGAUCCCUACUCCUUGGGAGAAGGAGGAGGAGAACACUGAAUACUUAGUUUCCCGUGAUAGCUGUGACGGUCUCGUUUGUCUCUUCGAUAUCAGGAAAUCCGGUUUUGUGGUCAAUCCCACCACUAGAUGGUAUCACCCUCUUCCUCCCUGCCAAUUACAACAACUCAUUACUGGCUUAGGGGACAGUUUCUACGAUCUUGGAUACAGACUCUCUAUGCUUGGAUUCGGUAAAGACAAACUCACAGGCACAUACAAGGCCGUUUGGUUAUACAACUCUUUAGAAAUUGGCCUAGAAAACGCUACUACAUGCGAGAUGGGUCGAUUCAUUGGUUCACCGAGUGCGAGGAAACCAAAAUUCUAUCGUUUGAUCUUCACACCGAAACUUUUCAAGUCGUUUCUAAAGCUCCAUUUGCCAAUGUUGAUGGAUUCCAUAUCGUCAUGUGCAACCUCGACAACCGCUUGUGCGUUUCCGAGAUGAAGCGGCCCAACCAAGUGAUAUGGUCAUUCAAUUCAGGUAACAAGACAUGGCACAAAAUGUGUUCCAUUGAUCUGGAUAUAACUUCUCAUUGGUUUGGUCGUCACAUAUGCGCGGUCUUGCCACUAGCACU